AGUGGCUUUUCCUUUUCCGCUGCGAACGAGUGGUGGUGGUGUGGUAGCGGGGGCUUGUGCCGAAAUAUUGCAUCAUGCCGCCUAAGUUUGAUCCCAACGAGAUUAAAAUAGUGAAGCUGAGGGCUGUGGGUGGUGAGGUUGGUGCCACAUCCUCUCUUGCACCCAAGGUUGGCCCCCUUGGCCUGUCCCCCAAGAAGAUUGGAGAUGAUAUUGCUAAGGCAACUGCUGACUGGAAGGGUCUGAAGAUCACUGUGCAGCUCACCAUCCAGAACCGUCAGGCAAAGGUGGCUGUAGUGCCAUCUGCUGCGGCUCUGGUCAUCAAGGCCCUCAAGGAGCCUCCACGGGACAGGAAGAAGGUCAAGCAUGUGAAGCACAAUGGCAACAUCACCAUGGAUGAUAUUGUGGAGGCGGCACGGAUCAUGCGCGAGCGGUCGAUGGCUGUUGACUUCUCUGGCACGGUGAAGGAGAUCCUUGGCACGGCCACCUCCAUUGGCUGCACCGUGGACGGCAUGGCCCCGCAGGACGCCAUCUCCAAGAUCGAUGCUGGCGAGCUGGAGGUGCCCAGCGAGUAGCAACACGCGCUAUAGAAUUUAUCUGUUGUUUCAGGAAAUACACGUCCAUUCAUCAAUA